AUGGAGAUACAGAAUGGUAAUACCACCAACAUGACCUAUGCAGCUGUUGUGUCAAAAAACUCUACAUCCUGUACAGGCAUUGACAUCCCACUGACAAAGUAUUAUAUACCUGUAAUGUAUUCCAUAAUAUGUGGCAUUGGAUUGUUUGGAAAUGUAACGGCAAUUACUGUUUAUGUGCUAAAGAUGAGACCAUGGAAGAUCAGCACAAUCAUAAUGGUGAAUCUGGCUGUUACCGAUCUUCUGUAUAUCGCAAGCCUUCCUUUUCUAGUGGAGUAUUACACUCAUGAAGAAAACUGGACAAUGGGAGACUUUAUGUGUAGGUUUGUUCGGUUUGGCUUUCACUUUAAUCUGUAUGGAAGUAUUAAUUUCUUGACUUGCUUUAGCAUAUUUCGAUACAUUGUUAUUGUCCAUCCAAUAAAGUCUCGGAAGAUCCAAAUAAAGCAAUGGGCAAUCAUUGCUUGCAUUAUUGUCUGGAUAAUUUCUCUUGCUGAAGUCAUUCCUAUGAUCACCAUGAUUUCUAUGGCAGAAAGAAAUGGCAUAGUUAAAUGCCUUGACUUCGCAAGCUCUAUUGAUGUUCAUCAGGUCUGGGUGUACAGUUGGACUCUGACUGUUUUGGGUUAUUUUAUACCCUUACUUGUUGUCUCUGCUUGCUACUCAAGAAUUAUUUAUAGCUUAAGCAAUGGACCCAACACACAAAGCUGCCACAAAUUAAAGGCCCGCCGACUUGCUGUAAUUAUUUUAGUGGUAUUCAUUUUGUGCUUUUUGCCUUUCCAUAUUUUAAGAGCCCUUCGUAUUGCAAGCAGACUUCAGCUCAAAAGCUGCAUCUACAAUGAAGUAGUUAAUGCUGCCUAUAUUGUCUCAAGACCUUUAGCAGGACUGAAUACUUUUUUUAACCUAAUAUUGUAUGUGGUAGGUGGAGAUAACUUUCAGCAGGCACUAGUUUCACUUCUGAGAUGUCAGACUUUAAACAACUCUCUGAAGCAUACUGCUAGUAACACUGCAGGGAAUAACCAACUUCAUCAUAAGAAUAAUCCAUAA